UCAGCAUUGUGCUUGUCUGAUUUUUCUCUAUUGAUUCAAAUCAACAUUUUUCUGAGGUGGAAUUGGUCUUUAACUAUUAUAUUCUAAAAUCGAAAAGGCGAAAUAGCUGGAGAAUGGUUGAAAAGAGCCGAUGAGUGACAGUGCUUUCCACCCUUAUUAAAAACGCUGUCACUCCUUUCAAAUGGUAAUUCACCCCUCCCAUCCGGAAUCAAUCCAAAUUCAAUCUACAUUAGUAUAAAUUCGGAGUUCUGUCGCAGAGAACUGUUGUCAUUUUAUCUCAAUCACUGAAAAGUCGAUUCUCUUAAAAUCCUGAAUUCGGAAUAUAAUGAGUCAUAGUUAUGCCUGGCAUUGAUCCUGGCUUGGAAUAAAAUACGAAAGAAUAAAGGCUCAACUACGUACAAUAAAUUAUUUUUGUCUUUCAUCACCCCCCCCCCCCCCUCAUUCCCUGUCACGGGGGAAAAGAUCAUGGGCCCAUACGCCAUAAAAUGUUUAAGUUAUAUUGUCUUACCCGAGCUACCUUCAGCUUUGAGCUCACCGCAUUCAGCUCCUUCACCUCCAUCUCCACCGCAACCUCCAUCUCCACCACCAUCCUCAUCAUCAUCGUCAUCCCCGCCAUCACCAUCACCUCCAUCACCACCAUCGCCUCCAUCACCACCAUCACCUCCAUCGCCAUCUCCUCCGUCGCCUCCAUCACCACCAUCGCCUCCAUCACCGUCAUCCCCACCAUCACCACCAUCCCCACCACAAUCGCACCCACCACCAUCACAUCCACAAUCCUCUUCUGAACUGCUGCUGGAAUCACUAUCGCUGCCUGAACUCGAAUCACUGCACCCAUCCGAAUCACUGUCACAGCUGUCACUGUCACUAUCGCUGUCUGAACCCGAGUCACUACACCCAUCUGAGUCACUGUCACAACUGUCGCUAUCACUAUCACUGUCACUGCUACUACUACCACCACCCCCACAUCCACCUCCGCCACAUUCUACACCCGUUGCUGCGUAAUCGUAACCCAAAUCCCAACCCCAGUCCCAACCUCCGUCAUCAUCAUCUCCAUCAUCUCCACCAUCACCACCAUCAUCGCCAUCACCG